GAAGAAGGAAAUCAAUAGCCAAUGGGCAUUGGCACAACCGGCAGGAGCAAUCUAAAGCCUUUCUAUAAGAAACACGUAACUCCAUAAAGGUAUACGGACAUGAGGCGUAUUUACGACGCACUGUAAAGCUAUUUCCAUAUGGAAUAUAAAUUCGGAAUACAAGUAUUUCUCCUAUUGUUUUGGAGAUCAGCUUUAGAUGCACUGGUGUCGGAGAAUGACGGAGGGUGGUCGUCAAAUUCAGAAAACAGUUUGACUGAUGAGGGUCCUUGCAACAUUGACAUCUGGGACAAAGCUUCGUUAUCACAUCGCCAGUUUAUCCAGCAAUAUGCCUACUCCAGACCAGUCAUCCUGAAAGGUUUCUCUGACAAUACGAAAUUCCAGUUCUUGUGCUCAAAGUCGGGCCUGCUGCAGCAGUAUGGAGAAAGGAUGGUGAGGCUCAGCACUGCCAACACCUACUCUUACAGGAAAGUGGAUGUCCGGUUUGAGGAGUUUGUGGACUUGCUACUGAGGCCUCAGUCUUUGGACACACUGGGCAGUGACACUCUGUAUUUCUUCGGGGACAACAACUUCACUGAGUGGCACUCUCUGUUUGAGAACUACAAGGCACCAUGCUACAUGCUGCCUCACACCACGGGGGCCUACAGCUUCGGGAUCGCAGGCCCAGGAACAGGUGUACCCUUCCAUUGGCAUGGACCUGGCUACUCUGAGGUCAUCUAUGGCAGGAAGCGCUGGUUCCUGUACCCCCCGGACAAGGCGCCCCAUUUCCACCCCAACUACACCACCCUGUCCUGGGUCAAAGACACAUAUCCUUACCUGCUUGAGGAGGAGAAGCCCAUAGAGUGCACCAUCCGGCCAGGAGAGGUGCUGUAUUUCCCUGACCGCUGGUGGCAUGCCACGCUCAAUUUGGACACCAGUGUCUUCAUAUCCACCUUCCUGGGCUGACCCCUGACCCUGCAACAGACUAAAGGUCAUAAGGGUCAUUGCCCUGUGACCAAAGCCCUGUUAGAAUACUUUCAACAUGCAUCAUUCCUUUUCCCCCUCUGAGGAAAUCACAGAUUACUUGCACAGUUCUCAACCCCCCUCAGACAGCGCAGAUCACACAGUGGUUACUGAUUAGUGAGGGGGAGCAGGAAGGACACACUUUCAAAAGUAUCAUGUCAACUGAAAUGGCAACACACCACUCCUGUCAACCGAAAGCUGUAUUGCCGCUCUGUCGUCAUAACUACGAUGUAGAUCAGUGGUCCAUCUGUUUAGAGACAAAGAAACAAAGCGAUCAAAGACUAUUGGAACGUCUACUGACCAAUAGGAGAUGAGUAUGGCUUGUUCUGACUGUAUUCCCUGGAAGUCACACACUGGUUUUCCAGCCCGUUUCCACUUCUGGGACUUUUCCCAUCGGUUCCAUGGUACCGGGCCAACUAGGUCAAAUGCAGCUAAUAUAUUUUACAUUUAUAAAAAAUAAAUAAAGUACUUGAAAAUAA